AUGAGCGAGUUCGAAGAAUCUGGCAUCGGAGAAGAGUGCGGAGUUUUCGGAUGUGUUGCAGCAGGAGAAUGGCCAACACAACUAGAAGUUGCCCAAGUGUUAACUUUGGGACUUGUGGCGCUACAACAUAGGUGAGUUUAUGUUUUCUAGCGAGCAAAUGUAUAUAGGGUCCUUGAAACUUUUGUAUAGUCAUCCGCUAAUCACAAAUGCCCACUAUCUUGCCCAUCAUUAAUUAGCUACACUGCUAUAAUGCUUACAACUUUAAUCACUUAAAAAAUGCAUUGUAGUGGGCAAUGUCUCAAAACAACAUGGAGGUGUGACGUCAAACGUUCCACGAGCAUGGCUUUGCUACAAGUGUUACAUUGUUUCCGGUGAAAGUAUAGAGAUCUCUGGACGUCCUUGGAUUCCAGACUGCUACAUUUCUCCAAUGCAGACUCAACUCAAUGUCUUUCGUAAACUUUCAGACUCCUAUUGUAUACAACAGUCAAUUGGUUACAAUGAUGUUAACAUCAUUUUUAACAUUCGGAGUUGAUUAGGCCUACCUGUUUUUGUCGGGCUGAGACAGAGGCUGCCAUUGAGCAGACUGAGUUGAUCUCUAUAAUGGGAAUGUAUUGGUCCUCCUCCAAUUUGCACUGGAAGUCAAUACUCUCAGCACAGCUGCCCCCAGUAUCAUGUCUCUUCACAAUUCUACAGGUAUCUAAAGAAAACAAGGAUUCAAGAGGACUAAUACAUCAGAGAUUGAGUUGAGGUUAAAUGCCUUCAUCAUUGAUUAAUCAAUCACUUUUUACUAAGUGUAGAAGUCUGAGACACAUGAUGUACAAAAUACGCUAUCCUGCACAGAUUCUUGACCUUGGUCCUCUCAAGUUGAUUGUGCUGAUGUGUUCUGAGAGAAUAUUUCAAAAUGUAUACUAAAGAAUGGGCAGAUUGCAAUCUUCAGUUUACUGAUAACACUGUUCUGCGUUUUGAGCACAUGGAUACACGGAAUCCAAAUUGCGGUUUUGUAAAGAAGGCUGGUGUUUUUGCCCAUUCUCAGCAGUUUCCUGAUUCCUCUCACUAACCCACUCUCCCAUGAUUAGAUUAGGAGUCUUAUUAGUAAGUCACAGGACUGACUCACACCGUCCAUCAUUAGUCUGUUACUGAGCCUUUGGUCGCGUGUGGAUUUUAAAACGAGAUGAGACAAAAUUGUUGAGGGAGGAGGUACAAUUUCAAACCUUGAUCCAACGCUUUCCUUUUCAGCCCUCUUUUUGCAGUCAGAUCCUGUCUUUUAUCGGUCUCAGCAUUGUCUGUAAGGAACACAGAGGCAUGACAUCACUGUUAAUGCACAAUAUCAGAACCUAUUUUCCUCCACCAGGUUCUACUGGCUCCAACUACCAGCUUUGGGGCCAAUGGGUUUUAUUUUUGAUGUUAUAAAUUAGCUUGUUUAUAGGCAACAAAAUAGAUGUGGGAUAUGUCUGAAGAUGUAAUGGCUUGCGUUGCGGUGUUUGAUAAAAAUGUUUACAUGGUCACCACUAAAUGAUUUGGAGUGACCUUAGGUUGAUCUACAAUGGCUAUCGGAGUCACUUUCUUACCUGUGUGUGUUUGUUUGUCCUCAUUCCUGGGGAUAAGUUCAUAGAUUUGAGCUGUGUAAGAGUUAACUGGAUGAGUCAUGGCAUCUGUGUCAUCCUCAUACCUAAUCAUGGCCCCGGCCAAAAUGGGGCCAGCCUCUGCUUGUUUCUCAUAUCCUAUGGCAGGUCCACUAUCUGACCUGGUCAAAAUGGCAUCCACCUCGUCAUAGAACCUCAUAAGACGACGUGGGUCUGUGCUGUCAGCCCUGCCCCUCUGUAGGGAGCGAUACAGGUACUUGAGGUUCUUGUAUUUGGUGUGACACUGCUUCCAGUCGCGCUCCACCCCCUGCUGCAGUAGCCGGCGGGAGAUCUGCACAAAGAUGUCCCUCUUCCUGGUGGAGCUCUCCAGCUGCCUGCACACGCCCUCCUCAGACCACACCUGGAUCAGAGCACGCACCUCCUGGUCACUCCAGUUCCGUCCUGUGUCGGACACCGUUACCACAUGGAAUUGCUCGGAGCUAGAUUGAUUCAAUGGUGAUAGAUGGGCUCCUAGGAUGGGAGACAGAAUGCAGAAGAGAGUGAGCAUAAGCAAUCAUGCCAAGCCCAUGUACUGCACAGCAUUUCAGAAGGCUUUUCUGCUGUAGGUUAUUUGAAUUCACAUACCUGAUUCCCUUUGGUUUUGGUCUGUGUCCAGCUCAUAAUCGUCACUAUUGUCAUCUGAAAGAUGCAUUGUUCUAGAAGUUUUAAAAGUAGGACUAGGCAAUGUAUUCAUUCAGUAUCUCAUCACCAUCUGUAAACUUGUAGUAUUUAAAAAAAAUGAAAACCUCACCAUGGUCUAUCUCAAUGACCAGGUCUCCUUUGGGUUCUUUAGACUGAGUCUGGCCUUCCGGAUGUCCCAGCUUCCCAGCUCCCUGGUCCCCUUCAGGUCCUCUCUGCAUAUCCUGGUCCCCAUCCUCUCCCCUGUCCAGCACUAUGGCCUCUACCUCAUCAAAGAACUUAAUGUACCUUCCUGGGCCACUGCUCCCUGCAGCGGCCUGUGCGCUCUUGGCUGUCUUGUACUCAUACUUGAGGUUCUUGUAUUUAGUGCGGCAUUGUUUCCAGUUGCGCACCACUCCGAAGCCUCUCUGCAUGCGGCGGGCCAUCUCCUGGAAGAUGGCCUUGUUGCGUAGCGUUCCUUUGAGGCGUUGGCGGAUGUGGCGGUCAGACCAGACACACAACAGAGCUCGCACCUCCUCAUCUGUCCAAUGGCGGCCCCCCUCAGGGCCCAAGUAUUGGGCAUAUGGGAGAGCCCCGCGAAGAAUCUGACACGGGCCUCCUUAACAAACACACACAUUUUUAAAGGAUGUCAAUCAAGGGAUCCAUUUUUGAUAUUGUCUGUUACUGAUACUCUGGUUUAUUUAGAUUCAGUUUAACCCUUUUUCUAGGCUAAUGGUAUGUGACUCCAGUUAUGUCUGAGUCAACAUCUUGGUCAUGAAGCGGCCUCUUAUCUAAAUGAGGGAUACCUCAAAGAUUAUUUUAAUUAAACUACUGCUGUGUAUACUAAACAACUUCUCAGCCAGUACACUGUUCCUGUAACUCCCAGUUACCUUCCUGUAUUGUGACUGAGGAAGAGUGAGCCUCUUUCUCACUGGUCAGAUCCUCCUUUUCCUCCCAAUCACUUUGAUUCAUUUGGGCGUCCAUCAUGGCUGCUGCCCCCUGCCUGUAGUUGGUGGAUGUGCCUGGCUGUUCAGCCUUCCUGCCCAGCAGUCCCAGCCUCCUGCACUGGGCCUGGCACUCCCUCCAGCCAUGCAGCACAUUCAACCCUUUCAGCUGCUCUGAUAUGCAUUCAAAUGUGGCUCUGCUGCAUACACCUGAAUGCUGAGCUGCUCCCAGCUCCCCCCACACUGACAGAAGAGCCAGCACCUCCGCUUCCCCCCACUGCCCUGCUGCACCGGUCUCCUCUACCUCUACAAUCUCUUCCUCUUCACCUCCUCUUUGUCUCCCAGCUCCUUUCUCCAUGUUUGAGCUGACCUGGAAACGCUUCUUUCUCUCCCAGCCCCCCUUCCUCUGGUGCCUGGUUCCCUAGGCAACCAGGCGGUUAAGCCAAGAGGAACGCCCACCGAAUCAAAGCAGCCUCACUACUGGCUUAAGCUGUGUGGUGUGGGGGAGGGACAGACUGUAAUCCGAGAAGCAGCUUGGCAAAUCGGCUGAGGCUGCAGCACAAGGCCACUCCAUAUAAGGCAACUCCACUGCAGAGACACAUAGCCCAUCAUUUUUCCCCUCAGUCUACAACACUUCUCUUUUACCAAACCGGUUAAGUCUGCCCUAAGGCAGUAUACAUACAGAAAAGCUAGCCUCAAACAUGUUGCAUCAAGCAAAUUGGCUGAAGUGUAGAACCUAAAUGUUAUUCAAGCAAUUUAUUUGUCUUUGUUUAUUUAGGGGUCAGGAAAGUGCCGGAAUCGUCACAAGUAAUGGAGUCAACCCACCAACGUACAACACCCUCAAGGUAAAAAUGUGUGACAUACAGAACCAUUCAGUACGAAAACAUGAAAGAGAAACAUGGCUAUCAUCACACUCAUUCCAGAUAAUGAUGAUUACUCAACGUGUCCUCUGACUCACUCAACAUCAGUGUCCUCAAACUAAACACAAUACCACCACCCCUCCCCAAAAACACAUUAACACAUUAACAAAAGUCUCAGAUGGGGAGGGAACAUGAUGUACAGAAAUAAGACAGCAGUUAUAUCAUCACGUUAAAGCUUUACUAAUCACAUUUAGGCUACAUGUGUGUUAUUGUUCUGAUUUGGUAUGUCACUUCCCUUCACAGGGGAUGGGGUUAGUGAACAAUGCCUUUCCACCUGAGGACCUUCUGAAGCUGCGCUAUGGUAACCUGGGCAUCGGGCACACACGCUACUCCACCACGGGCAUCUCUGAGCUGCAGAACUGCCAGCCCUUUGUGGUGGACACACUGCACGGCAAGAUAGCUGUGGCACACAACGGGGAACUGGUCAACGCAGCUGCACUGCGUAAGAAGGUGGGCCAUGCUGUCAUAUCCAAUGACUGUGUGCAUUUGUUUAUAUUGUAGUUGAUUAUUGUGUAUUUGUGUAUAAGCAUACAUAACUGUGUGUGUAUGGCAGGUGAUGCGUCACGGCGUGGGCCUCUCCACCAGCUCAGACAGUGAGCUCAUCACCCAGCUGCUGGCUCUGACUCCGCCCAUGGAGGAGCUGGAUGCCCCUGACUGGGUGGCCAGGUCCGUUCUAUGGCCUUCUAUUCCAUUCCAAUAAUGCCCCAUCUCUUUUACCCCCUGUAAAGCUCAUCUUGAUUGAUUGUUUAUUCUCCACUGCAGGAUAAAGAACCUGAUGCAUGAGACCCCUACAUCCUACUCACUGCUGGUGAUGUACACAGAUGUGAUCUAUGCUAUCCGUGACCCGUAUGGAAACAGACCCCUCAGCAUCGGACGCCUCGUCCCCGUUUCUAAACUCCACACUGCAGGUGUUUUUGGUCCUUCCUUAGCGCUGCAUGGUAUUUGUGUAUCUUUGGCUUGUGUAUUUUUUUGAUUUAACUAUAAUGUACAAGCAGAGUUAAUAAUCUAUGUAAAGUUAGUCAAAUAUAUUGGCACACUUGCACUUUAUAAUGGAGUACAAAGGAGCAGAAUUAUGUUUUCUCUUUUCUAAACUGGUUGAAUGGAUAUUUUUACCCUGUAGGCACUUGCAACUUACCACAGGUAAGAUAAAUUACACAUAAAUGCCUCCAACCAAAUUAUAUAUGAUCCAGGCAUUUUUUUUGACUUAAGUGAAAAAUCUCAAUUUUAGUUAACAUUUUAUUUAUAUUUGGUCCUGUGCAAUUGUAAAUCAAACAAAUACUUGUGUGAACACAAGGGUGCCAAUAUAUUUGACCUCAACUAUAUACAUACAGUUGAAGUCGGGAGUUUACAUACACCUUAGCCAAAUACAUUUAAACUCAGUUUUUCACAAUUCCUGGCAUUUACUCCUAGUAAAAAUUCCCUGUCUUAGGUCAGUUAGGAUCACCACUUUAUUUUAAGAAUGUGAAAUGUCAGAAUAAUAGUACAGAGAAUGAUUAAUUUCAGCUUUUAUUUCUUUCAUCACAUUCCCAGUGGGUCAGAAGUUUACAUACACUCAAUUAGUAUUUGGUAGCAUUGCCUUUAAAUUGUUUAACUUGGGUCAAAUGUUUCGGGUAGCCUUCCAAAAGCUUCCCACAAUAAGUUGGGUUAAUUUUGGCCCAUUCCUCCUGACAAAGCUGGUGUAACUGAGUCAGGUUUGUAGGCCUCCUUGCUCGCACACGCUUUAUCAGUUCUGCCCACAAAUGUUCUAUAGGAUUGAGGUCAGGGCUUUGUGAUGGCCACUCCAAUACCUUGACUUUGUUGUCCUUAAGCCAUUUUGCCACAACUUUGGAAGUAUGCUUGGGGUCAUUGUCCAUUUGGAAGACCCAUUUGCGACCAAGCUUCAACUUCCUGACUGAUGUCUUGAGAUGUUGCUUCAAUAUAUCCACAUAAUUUUCCUUCCUCAUGAUGCCAUCUAUUUUGUGAAGUGCACCAGUCCCUCCUGCAGCAAAGCACCCAAACAGCAUGAUACUGCCACCCCCGUGCUUCACGGUGGGGAUGGUGUUCUUUGGCAUGCAAGCUCCCCUUUUUCCUCCAAACAUAACAAUGGUCAUUAUGGCCAAACAGUUCUAUUUUUGUUUCAUCAGACCAGAGGACAUUUCUCCAAAAAGUAUGAUCUUUGUCCCCAUGUGCAGUUGCAAACCUUAGUCUUGCUUUUUAAUGGCGGUUUUAGAGCAGUGGCUUCUUCCUUGCUGAGCGGCCUUUCAGGUUAUGUCGAUAUAGGACUUGUUUUACUGUGGAUAUAGAUACUUUUGUACCCGUUUCCUCCAGCAUCUUCACAAGGUCCUUUGCUGUUGUUCUGGGAUUGAUUUGCACUUUUCGCACCAAAGUACGUUCAUCUCUAGGAGACAGAACGUGUCUCCUUCCUGAGCGGUAUGACAGCUGCGUGGUCCCAUGGUGUUUAUACUUGCGUACUAUUGUUUGUACAGAUGAACGUGGUACCUUCAGGCGUUUGGAAAUUGCUCCCAUAGAUGAACCAGACUUGUGGAGGUGUACAAUUUUGUUUCUGAGGUCUUGGCUGAUUUCUUUUGAUUUUCCCAUGAUGUCAAGCAAAGAGGCACUGAGUUUGAAGGUAGGCCUUGAAAUACAUCCACAGGUACACCUCCAAUUGACUCAGAUGAUGUCAAUUAGUGGUCCUCUGUAGCUCAAUUGGUAGAGCAUGGCGCUUGUAAUGCCAGGGUAGUGGGUUCGAUCCCUGGGACCACCCAUGCGUAAAAAUGUAUGGAUAAAAGCGUCUGCUAAAUGGCAUAUUAUAUUAUUAUAUUAUAAUUAGCCUAUCAGAAGCUUCUAAAGCCAUGACAUCAUUUUCUGGAAUUUUCCAAGCCGUUUAAAGGCACAGUCAACUUAGUGUAUGUAAACUUCUGACCCACUGGAAUUGUGAUUAAGUGAAAUAAUCUGUCUGUGAAAUCAAACUGUCCACUUAGGAAGCAACACUGAUUGACAAUAAAUUUCACAUGCUGUUGUGCAAAUGGAAUAGACAACAGGUGGAAAUUAUAGGCAAUUAGCAAGACACUCCCAAUAAAGGACUGCAGGUGGUGACCACAGACCACUUCUCAGUUCCUAUGCUUCCUGGCUGAUGUUUUGGUCACUUUUGAAUGUUGGCGGUGCUUUCACUCUAGUGGUAGCAUGAGACGGAGUCUACAACCCACACAAGUGGCUCAGGUAGUGCAGCUCAUCCAGGAUGGCACAUCAAUGCGAGCUGUGGCAAGAAGGUUUGCUGUGUCUGUCAGCGUAGUGUCCAGAGCAUGGAGGUGCUACCAGGAGACAGGCCAGUACAUCAGGAGACGUGGAGGAGGCCGUAGGAGGGCAACAACCCAGCAGCAGGACUGCUACCUCCGCCUUUGUGCAAGGAGGAGCAGGAGGAGCACUGCCAGAGCCCUGCAAAAUGACCUCCAGCAGGCCACAAAUGUGCAUGUGUCUGCUCAAACGGUCAGAAACAGACUCCAUGAGGGUGGUAUGAGGGCCUGACAUCCACAGGUCGGGGUUGUGCUUACAGCCCAACACCGUGCAGGACUUAUGGCAUUUCCCAGAGAACACCAAGAUUGGCAAAUUCGCCACUGGCGCCCUGUGCUCUUCACAGAUGAAAGCAGGUUCACACUGAGCACGUGACAGACGUGACAGAGUCUGGAGACGCCGUGGAGAACGUUCUGCUGCCUGCAACAUCCUCCAGCAUGACCGGUUUGGUGGUGGGUCCGUCAUGGUGUGGGGUGGCAUUUCUUUGGGGGGCCGCACAGCCCUCCAUGUGCUCGCCAGAGGUAGCCUGACUGCCAUUAGGUACCGAGAUGAGAUCCUCAGACCCCUUGUGAGACCAUAUGCUGGUGCGGUUGGCCCUGGGUUCCUCCUAAUGCAAGACAAUGCUAGACCUCAUGUGGCUGGAGUGUGUCAGCAGUUCCUGUAAGAGGAAGGCAUUGAUGCUAUGGACUGGCCCGCCCGUUCCCCAGACCUGAAUCCAAUUGAGCACAUCUGGGACACAUCAUGUCUCGCUCCAUCCACCAACGCCACGUUGCACCACAGACUGUCUAGGAGUUGGCGGAUGCUUUAGUCCAGGUCUGGGAGGAGAUCCCUCAGGAGACCAUCCGCCAGCUCAUCAGGAGCAUGCCCAGGCGUUGUAGGGAGGUCAUACAGGCACGUGGAGGCCACACAGUACUGAGCCUCAUUUUGACUUGUUUUAAGGACAUUACAUCAAAGUUGGAUCAGCCUGUAGUGUGGUUUUCCACUUUAAAUUUUGAGGGUGACUCCAAAUCCAGACCUCUAUGGGUUGAUACAUUUGAUUUCCAUUGAUAAUUUUUGUGUGAUUUUGUUGUCAGCACAUUCAACUAUGUAAAGAAAAAAGUAUUUAAUAAGAUUAUUUCAUUCAUUCAGAUCUAGGAUGUGUUAUUUUAGUGUUCCCUUUAUUUUUUUUGAGCACUGUAUUUAGUCAGCCACCAAUUGUGCAAGUUCUCCCACUUAAAAAGAUGAGAGAGGCCUGUAAUUUUCAUCAUAGGUACACGUCAACUAUGACAGACAAAAUGAGAUUUUUUUCCAGAAAAUCACAUUGUAGGAUUUUUUAAUGAAUUUAUUUGCAAAUUAUGGUGGAAAAUAAGUAUUUGGUCAAUAACAAAAGUUUCUUAAUACUUUGUUAUAUAUACCCUUUGUUGGCAAUGGCACAGGUCAAACGUUUUCUGUAAGUCUUCACAAGGUUUUCACACACUGUUGCUGGUAUUUUGGCCCAUUCCUCCAUGCAGAUCUCCUCUAGAGCAGUGAUGUUUUGGGGCUGUCGCUGGGCAACACGGACUUUCAACUCCCUCCAAAGAUUUUCUAUGGGGUUGAGAUCUGGAGACUGGCUAGGCCACUCCAGGACCUUGAAAUGCUUCUUAUGAAGCCAUUCCUUCGUUGCCCGGGCGGUGUGUUUGGGAUCAUUGUCAUGCUGAAAGACCCAGCCACGUUUCAUCUUCAAUGCCCUUGCUGAUGGAAGGAGGUUUUCACUCAAAAUCUCACGAUACAUGGCCCCAUUCAUUCUUUCCUUUACACGGAUCAGUCGUCCUGGUCCCUUUGCAGAAAAACAGCCCCAAAGCAUGAUGUUUCCACCCCCAUGCUUCACAGUAGGUAUGGUGUUCUUUGGAUGCAACUCAGCAUUCUUUGUCCUCCAAACACGAUGAGUUGAGUUUUUACCAAAAAGUUAUAUUUUGGUUUCAUCUGACCAUAUGACAUUCUCCCAAUCCUCUUCUGGAUCAUCCAAAUGCACUCUAGCAAACUUCAGACGGGCCUGGACAUGUACUGGCUUAAGCAGGGGGACAUGUCUGGCACUGCAGGAUUUGAGUCUCUGGCGGCGUAGUGUGUUACUGAUGGUAGGCUUUGUUACUUUGGUCCCAGCUCUCUGCAGGUCAUUCACUAGGUCCCCCCCGUGUGGUUCUCGGAUUUUUGCUCACCGUUCUUGUGAUCAUUUUGACCCCACGGGAUGAGAUCUUGCGUGGAGCCCCAGAUCGAGGGAGAUUAUCAGUGGUCUUGUAUGUCUUCCAUUUCCUAAUAAUUGCUCCCACAGUUGAUUUCUUCAAACCAAGCUGCUUACCUAUUGCAGAUUCAGUCUUCCCAGCCUGGUGCAGGUCUACAAUUUUGUUUCUGGUGUCCUUUGACAGCUCUUUGGUCUUGGCCAUAGUGGAGUUUGGAGUGUGACUGUUUGAGGUUGUGGACAGGUGUCUUUUAUACUGAUAACAAGUUCAAACAGGUGCCAUUAAUACAGGUAACGAGUGGAGGACAGAGGAGCCUCUUAAAGAAGAAGUUACAGGUCUGUGAGAGCCAGAAAUCUUGCUUGUUUGUAGGUGACCAAAUACUUAUUUUCCACCAUAAUUUGCAAAUAAAUGCAUUAAAAAUCCUACAAUGUGAUUUUCAGGAUUUUUUUUUCCCCCUCAAUUUGUCUGUCAUAGUUGACGUGUACCUAUGAUGAAAAUUACAGGCCUCUCUCAUCUUUUUAAGUGGGAGAACUUGCACAAUUGGUGGCUGACUAAAUACUUUUUUCCCCCACUGUGUGUGUGUGUGUGUGUAUGUAUAUAUAUAUAUAUAAAUAUAUAUAAGAAGUGGGAGAGGAUGGAUGAUUGACAGGCCAUAUUCUGUUCUCUGUCAGGUGCUGGCGAGGGAGACACAGAGGGCUGGGUGGUGUCAUCAGAGUCCUGCAGCUUCCAGUCAAUUGGUGCCAAGUGAGCUCUCAUCACCACGGUGACCUACCUCUUAUUGCCAUGGCAACAUGUGGUCCUGUGGCUCACAAGCCUCUCUCUUUGUCUGGUCUUUAGGUACUACAGAGAGGUAUUGCCUGGAGAGAUAGUCCAGAUCUCCAAACACGGUGUGAAGUCCCUAAGCAUCGUCCCUCGCCCCGAGGGAGACCUCCCUGCCUUCUGCAUCUUUGAAUAUGUUUACUUUGCCAGACCAGACUCCAUAUUUGAAGGUAGGCAUAUGUAGUAGUUGGCCUGGCUAAUAACACAACUUUUUAAGUUGUAGCACUGAGUCAGUGAGAGUAGUAAAUAGUUUGGCUGGGAGGUUACAGCACAUUACUUGCUUUUGAGCUGAUGCCAGAGUAGCUAUAGUUUCCUCCUGGUGUUGCAGGUCAGAUGGUGUACACAGUCAGGCAGCGCUGUGGACGGCAGCUUGCCAUUGAGGCCCCUACAGAGGCAGAUGUGGUCAGCACUGUGCCUGAGUCUGCUACUCCUGCUGCACUGGGAUACGCGGAACAGGUGAGUCAUGGCACCUAUUGAAUGUUGAUAGCAAUAGGGUGCAUAUUCUGAAUUGUGCAUAUUCAUACAAUAUUCUGGGCUUCAGUUUGUACUCUUCUGUUCCAUCUCUGCAGUCAGGACUACCGUACGUAGAGGUUCUGUGUAAGAAUCGCUACGUUGGGAGGACGUUUAUUCAACCAAACACACGCCUCAGGCAGUUGGGGGUGGCCAAGAAGUUUGGUGCGCUGACAGACAACUUUGCAGGCAAGCGGGUGGUGCUUGUUGAUGAUUCCAUCGUCAGGGGCAACACCAUCUCCCCCAUAAUCAAGCUGUUGAAGGAAGCAGGAGCCACAGAGGUGAGUGGCCCAGAGUUGAUCAUUAUCAGUCCUCCUCUUAAUAUCAAUUAUACUGCAUGUUAGUCUCUCUCUCCUCUGUUUAUAAUGAUUGAUUACUCAAGUUUCAGUUUCAUUAGUCAUAUGUACGGGAUACGCAUGGUAUACAUCGUCCAAUGAAAUGCUUACUUGCAGGUUCCUUCUCGACAAUGAAACGACUACGUCUGGUCUCACAUUGUCUGUAAUGACCACUCAUUUUGGUUGCUGACCUCCCCUCCCAUAGGUCCACAUCCGUGUUGCCUCCCCGCCUAUCAGGUUCCCCUGCUACAUGGGGAUCAACAUCCCCACAAAAGAGGAGCUCAUUGCUAACAGGCCAGAGUUUAAGGACAUUGCUGGCUACAUUGGUGAGAUUUGGAAUACUUAUUAUUCAAUUGACUUAUUAUUCGACGUGUGGGUGGUCCAGACUGUAAAACGGUGAUGUUGUUCUGUAAUGUAGGUGCCACCAGCGUGCAGUAUCUGUCAGUGGAGGGCCUGGUGUCAGCGGUGCAGUGGGGAAUCCCCUCCCUCCAGAAGGAUGAGCGGAUCAGCACCAACACCAAGGCCAGCAGGAGAGUGGGCCACUGCACCGCCUGCCUCACAGGCAAAUACCCUGUGGAACUGGAGUGGUGA